GAGGCCCAAAGUGGAGGCACCGGGAGGCCACCGAAGCCUGCCGCGGUGUAAGGAAGCCAUUAGAGGCUGGCUGCCUGCCUAGUGGCCGGGGCACGCGUGUGAGGUGCCAGGGGCCAGCGUGCUGACCGAUCCUACCUGUUCAGACUUUAAUCCUACGCAUUCGGGACAGACUCCCCGAGGCCUCGCCCUCGCGUCAGCCCUCAGAUCCCUCAGGCCUCGGCCAAAGCCCCCGUCCCUGUCCCUCCCAGGACAGAGGAAAGGAAGGUCAAGCCCAGGCCGCACAGCCUCACGUCAGUCCUGGCGCGGAUAGGCCAGAGAGCCAAGAUGAGCAAAAGCCCAGAUGAACUCCCUCACGAACUGGAGAACCAGUUCAUACUGCGUCUGCCCCCGGAACAUGCUUCGACCGUCAGGAAGAUCAUCCGUUCUGGAAAUGCCGCCAUGAGGGAUAAACUGAAAAUUGACUUGUCUCCCGAUUCACGGCACGCCAUCGUUCAGGUGGAUGACGUCUCGCUGUCUGCCAAGCUUGUUGAUUUGCCUUGCGUUAUCGGAAGCCUGAAAACGUACGAUAGGAAAACCUUCUAUAAGACAGCAGAUGUUUCCCAGAUGCUUCUGUGCAGCGCCGAUGGUGAUCGCCACUCUUCCCCAGAAGAGCCAGCUACGUCUGCUGGUGCUACUGUAGCGGGAAAAGAAAGGGAAGCAGAGGAAAACUACAUCUGGAAGCACGGCAUUACUCCACCACUUAAGAAUGUCAGGAAGAAACGGUUUCGGAAACCAACCAAAAAGCACCCUGAUACGAAGCAAAACGAGGAAAGCCGUGGUGGCUACGUUGAUUCCAAAGAUGUGGAAAAGGAAGUGAAGAGGUUGCUGCGCUCAGACGCCGAAGCCAUCAGCAGCCGAUGGGAAAUCGUUGUUGAGGAUGAAACCAAGGCAGUACAAAGUCAAACCUGCACUCCACAUCUUCCAUUGCCCUCUGAAGUAGGUGGUCACCCCUCAUCAGCAUGUGCUAUGGCUCAGAGCUCGUUCAGUGAUUCUAGCAGUGGCAAAGAUGAUCAAGAGAAUAAAGAUGAGGAGGAGGAGGAAGAAAAAGAGGAGGAAGAAGAGGAUGAGGAUGAAGAGGAAGGAGAGGAGGAAGAGGAAGAGGAAGAGGAAGAUGAUUCUGAAGAAGUCCUGGAAAGAGAGCUACAAGCCAAGUUUAUUGAGUUUAGCUUGUGCGAAGCUAAUGAAAGUAGCAGUUCAAUAAUUCUGGGAAUUCAGAAGCUGAUCCAUUCCAAGGAGAAAAAACUCCAAGAGAUUCAGGGCAAAGCACAAAGACAGAAAGAUCUCCUCAGAAAAUUGGAAAACCCGACCCUCAAGAGUCAUUUCCAGUCUGUGCUGGAACAGCUGAAGUUACAGGAGAAGCAGAAGUAUGAACAGAUCCUUUCCCUACAGGAACAACUGAAGUACUUUUUGAAGAAGUAAAACGUUGAAUCCACCAUCUAGACUGAAGACUUGGUGAAACUGUUUCCCUCUAGUUACCUUAUCUUGAAUUAAUUGUUUUUGUUUCUUUGAACAUUUCACUGAUUGUAGUGUUUCAAGAACAAAGUCAUGUAGAAAAGGCAGUAUAAAAAAAUGUGGUAACAGGUCCCAGUUGAUCAUGGGGCUUGGCUUCUCUUGGUUAAUUUGAGAACUCUGAAUUGCUUCUCUAUUAUGAUUUUAUCAUAUUAGGUUGCUGUACUUAAGAAAGGGAGACAGUUUAGCUUAUAAGGACCUACUACUAGUUUGCAUACGUUUAAACUGUUCAAGUAUUUGCUACAACAUAGAUAAAAGCCAAUUUUCUAGGUGUGGCAGCCCAUAUCUGUAAUCUCAGCACUUGAGAAGUUUAGGCAGAAUAAUUCAUAAAUUCAAGACCAGCCUGGGUUACAUAGCAGCUUCCAGGAUCCAUUGGUUUACUUAGAUCUACAGCAAGACAAAGAAUCAAUACUAGAUUCUGCUAAGGUAUAAAGUCUACUUUCCUGAUCAGGGAUUUUUUUGUUCUUUCCUUGCAUGUAACUGAUUUUUGUUCAUUAGCAGUUGCAGCAUAGGUUGUUAUCCUUAUUAUUGUAAGUCUCUCUGUCCUAACCCCAUUAGAACAGAUUAGGAAAAGCCAGAUGCCUGUAACGCCUAUGAAGACUUCCUUACCAACCCUGGGCUGCUGGGAGAUGUUUUAAAGCUGUAUUUACAGUCUGUGUUCUUUAAGCAAAAAAUAAAUUCUUUUGAAUGAGAAUGAAAGAAUCACUACAGACUA